AUUCCGAGAUCAUUUCUAUUUGUAAUUCCUGUGGUAAUUCCAAAACGUUGUUUUUCUUUUAAUGAAUUUACUUGUAUUUUCAGUCAUAACCUUUCUUGUAGCGAUCAUUGAUCAACGAUUUAACCUAAAUAACAGUCUGAAUACAUUGGUAUUCAAAGGAAAAAUUCAAGAAAAUUGUAAAACGGAUGUUUGAAAAAAUACUGAAAUGCAAUUAUUCGUGUGCCUCAUCAGUACUGCGUUUUUGCAAAUAAUCGUUUAAAACAUGCUUGAAGUAAACAUCAUUUGGGAAAGUAACAACAGCUAUGGGGCUGAGAGGCCGACGCGAUAAACUUUUUUACUUUCUCUUUGUCUGUUUGUUAUUUGGCUUGAUACUAACAGCAUUUAAUGUUUACGAACUCAGUUCUAUCAAACAUGCUGAAGGAGUGCCUUCGAAAAUGCAGAAAAAUAAAAAAUAUUUAGCCUGGAUACAUGCUGAUCAUAUAAACAGUGGUUACCUAAAUCAUUUAAUUGACGUCCUGGAUCGUCUUGGGUUUGCAUAUACCACAAAUGGUGAUAGUGAUUGGGACCUACUUUGGUCUCACAACUAUCCCUUUACUACAUUAGCUACACAGUUGAGGCAAAUGAACCCAUAUCAAAAGGUGAAUCAUUUUCCUGGCUCAGGGGUCAUCACAAAUAAAGCCAGUCUUGUCACCAUGCCAUUACCAGCAAUUCCACCUGCAUUUCAAAUUCCAAAAGACAAGAAUGCUUUUCUUCAGGAGACCAAGACGCAUCCAGAGACCUUAUGGGUAGUAAAAAGCAAUGGACACCGUGGUAUUGCAGUAAAAUCCCCUAAUGAAAUAAAUCUUGAUGUCUCAGAAAGUGAUAGUUUCAUUCAAAAGUUUAUUUCAAAUCCGCUUUUAAUCAAUGACAGAAUGUUUGACAUAGGUGUCUACACCGUCAUGACAUCUGUGGAUCCGCUCAGAGUGUAUAUUUUUACUGCUGAUGUACUUUUAAGAUUUUGUACAAAAGAUUACCAUCCAUUUGAUGCAGCUGAUCUGAAGAAGUAUGUUGUUGGUGAUGACUAUACCCCACCAAGAGAGAUUCCAGGCUUAAAAGAGAUUUACUUAAAAGGAAAGUUUUCACGAAUUCAUGCACUCCGAUUAUACUUACGACAGCAAGGUAAGGAUGACACCAAGAUGUGGAAUUCUAUUGAAGAAAUUAUUUCUGAGGUUUAUCGGUUGAAGGAAAAAGACUUCAUUUCUGCCUCUGCUGCCUUUCAAUCAAGCAGAAAUUUCUUUGAGUUGGUUCGUUUUGACUUCCUGCUAGAUGAUAACAUGAAAGUUUGGUUACUGGAGGUAAAUAUGUCGCCAAACCUCUCAUCUGCAGCUCACAAUCACAAUAAACUCAUGUAUGAAAAGGUCAUUUUCAAUAUGUUUGCGUUAAUCGACGUCACUCACUUUACCAGAAGACGAACUAAGGAUAGUUCGUCGGAAGAGUACGACAUGCGGGUCAGCGAUGAAAAUAUCCAAGCGAAUGCUCUCUGUGCUAGCAAAAAAUGCAUCAGUUCUUGUUUCAGUGAGGAAUGCGAGUUGUGCCAUUCUUGUUUAGAAAGAGGUGAACGUGAAUUUCUCAAAAGGGCAUAUCUUGAGCACGUUCACAAGAGAGCUUACAGCAGAGUCUAUCCUUCACCAAUGACACAAGAGACUGCCAAGACACUUUCCAUGGACAUGGCUUCUUUCAAGACUCUGAGUCGGGCAAAUCGUCUCAUGCACACCUGGUUUUUGUAUAAAUGUCUACACGAUGCAUCCUGGUGUUCGUAAAACACCCGAAUUACGAUUGGAUUAUCGUCGGGAGAAUGUCGCGCCAGCUCGUCGUUGGCCCACUUUGCAAUGAAGUUCAUCACCAUUCCGACUUCCAAGCAACUUUAAGAGCAAAAGCGUGAAAAGAGUAAAUUUAAUUUGAAACCAUUGGAAAGUUAUUCUGUUGUUCAAGUUUAACCCGCAAUUGAGGCUUUUACUGAAUGUUAAUUUAAUAUUUGUAGCUUUAUUUAAACUGAAAUAGGAAACAAUUGGAAAUAAUAUUUCAACAUUACAUUAUUUAUUAAAACAUAUCUGAAACAUAUUUUUGAGAUCCAGAGUAAAAGAAUAAU